GAGAUUUUACACCACCUUUACAUCAAUCCAGACAAUACACAACCGCCGUCAUGGGUAAGGAAAAGACUCACAUCAACAUCGUCGUCAUCGGCCACGUCGACUCCGGAAAGUCGACCACCACUGGACACUUGAUCUACAAGUGCGGUGGUAUUGACAAGCGUACCAUCGAGAAGUUCGAGAAGGAAGCCGCCGAACUCGGCAAGGGUUCCUUCAAAUACGCAUGGGUGCUCGACAAGCUCAAGGCCGAGCGUGAGCGUGGUAUCACCAUCGAUAUCGCUCUCUGGAAGUUCGAGACGCCUAAGUAUUAUGUCACAGUUAUUGACGCCCCCGGUCACCGUGAUUUCAUCAAGAACAUGAUCACUGGUACCUCCCAGGCUGACUGCGCCAUUCUCAUCAUUGCUGCCGGUACUGGUGAGUUCGAGGCUGGUAUCUCCAAGGAUGGCCAGACUCGUGAGCACGCUCUUCUCGCCUACACUCUCGGUGUUCGACAGAUCAUCGUCGCCAUCAACAAGAUGGACACCACCAAGUGGUCUGAGGACCGUUACAAGGAAAUCGUCAAGGAGACUUCCAACUUCAUCAAGAAGGUCGGAUUCAACCCCAAGCACAUUCCCUUCGUCCCCAUCUCCGGUUUCAACGGUGACAACAUGAUCGACGCCUCCACCAACUGCCCCUGGUACAAGGGUUGGGAGAAGGAGAUCAAGGCCAAGGCCACCGGCAAGACCCUCCUUGAGGCCAUCGAUGCCAUCGAGCCCCCUUCCCGUCCUUCCGACAAGCCCCUCCGUCUUCCCCUCCAGGAUGUUUACAAGAUUGGCGGCAUUGGCACGGUGCCCGUCGGUCGUGUCGAGACUGGUGUGAUCAAGCCCGGUAUGGUCGUCACCUUCGCCCCCGCUGGUGUCACCACUGAAGUCAAGUCCGUCGAGAUGCACCACACCUCUCUUCCCGAGGGUCUCCCCGGUGACAACGUCGGCUUCAACGUCAAGAACGUCUCCGUCAAGGAGAUCCGUCGUGGUAACGUUGCCGGUGACUCCAAGGAUGACCCCCCCAAGGGUGCCGAGUCCUUCAACGCCCAGGUCAUCGUCCUUAACCACCCCGGCCAGGUCGGUGCUGGUUACGCCCCUGUCUUGGAUUGCCACACUGCCCACAUUGCUUGCAAGUUCUCUGAGCUCCUCGAGAAGAUCGAUCGCCGUACUGGCAAGUCUGUUGAGGCUUCCCCCAAGUUCAUCAAGUCCGGUGACGCUGCCAUCGUCAAGAUGAUUCCCUCCAAGCCUAUGUGCGUUGAGUCCUUCACUGACUACCCUCCUCUCGGUCGUUUCGCCGUCCGUGACAUGCGUCAAACCGUCGCUGUCGGUGUCAUCAAGUCUGUCGCCAAGUCCGACAAGGCUGGUAAGGUCACCAAGGCUGCUGCCAAGGCCGGCAAGAAAUAAGCGGUCACACAAAACGUGGCUUUUUUCUUUCUUCACAAAAUUUCUCAGUAAUGGGUUCUGGGGAUGUGGUCGGUUCGGAAAAUCCGUAAUGUUCAUGAUGUAAUGCAUUACGGUCGGGUGAGGAUUAAUGUCCAUGCUCUUCCAUAGACUUCAUAAUGAACUGAAUGAAUCAAAUGGGUGGGCGACUUCAACCUUCGUGUUCGUGAUAAUGUGUUCAUUCGUGAUGAAUAGUGAUGUGUCCAAUGCAUUCUGAAUGUUCCAUUACAUACUGGUGACCAGCCACUUCUAUGUAGUAACGGUACGUGCAAUGCUACCUAUUGCUUUCCGCGUUCCCAUCGGUGGUACCCCUAUUCAUUUUUUAAUUGCCAUUUUUCUACUCAUUCCCCCCAUCAUAUGUGCACUUCGGUGUGAUGCCUGGCAACUUGCCUCCAUCUCGCUCAGCUCCUGGUGCUUCUUGGUGUCGUGUUGUUCGUCGAUAGUGGAUCUGCUAUCGUAGACCUUGUCGUGUGGCUUGCAGUAGUAGUCGCGGUUGUCGAGAGUUGCUUCAGAAUCUUUCCCCUAUUCCGCUCACUGCACGACAAAUCAACCCUCAAAAGUUCUCAAACU